CCGCCAGCAGGACUUCUCCAUGCCCCGCAAUAGCAAUCCGAACACAGUUGUGCUGAAAUGAUGGCAUCACACACGUGAUUCCCUUCCUCUUGCUGGCGCCGCACGCCACGAUUGCCAUCACUACAUUUACGCACCAUGUUGCUGAUGAUAACGCCGGUUUGCUGGUCGAGCGUUUAACAUGGCGGUGCCGCCUAUGAUGUGCCAGCGAUGCGCUUGAUGUACAUUGGCGAUGCGCUUCGGGCCAUUUGAGCUUUUCAGCGGGUCGGUGAAAGUCGCGGAGAGGAGACGACCGUCACUUGUCUGUACGUCGGAACGAUGCGAUGCACUCGGAGCCUUUUACUCCCGACUCUUCUGUCCCUUAUCUUCCCUUAUUUGAACCGACGCCGCUAAAGCGACCACUGACGCCAAGGAUGGAUAUCGUGCAGGCCUCGUUCCAAGCCUCCUUCGACUCGCGUGUGGAUCGCCUCAGCGACGUCGACCUCGACGACCUGCGCGUGGUAAUGCGCUGUAAAGAAAAUAUUGCGAAGUAAACUAAUUCGUGGCGCUGCAAGAUAUUUCGCUACUUCGACACAGACGGAGACGGCGCUGUCUCAGCGGAUCAAGCAUGCCGCAUGUUUGCACUGUUGGGGCUCGAUGUCAACACUACCCAAGUUCGUGAACUGGGGGAGGUUUAUCUCAAUGGUAACAAAAGUGAAAUUAAUUUAUUCAUCAGAUAAAAAUCUGAGUUUUUGUUGUGGUUGCAGAGUUCAUGAAGAUCGUAGACAGUCAUGUACAAGUUGCUGCUCCUGUUACAAGUGAAACCCCUGAUGCUGUGGAGGCUACAGCACAAGAAGGAAACACACCAGCUCAGCAAAUUCCAGAUCCGGAUGUCGAGGAGGCUGAGAAGAAGCUCCAAAAUGAAAAGGCCAUGGAAAUCGAGUGGAAGUUGCUGGACACGUAUCGUCGAGGACGUGUGAGCAUGCAGGAGCUGAGACUUUUCCUCGCAAACUGUCAUUCAACACUCUCGCUGGACGACACAGUGAGAUUCCUCGAAACCUAUGGCAACACCAUAGAGAGUGAUGGCACUGAAGAAUUGGAGUUAACCAAAGAAGGUUUCCUCAAGUUCCGCCGUGAAUACACAUCCAGAAAGAUUUCCCUAUCGGACUACGACUCGUCUUCAGAAGAUGAUGAGGGUGAUCUCGUGGGCGACACUGGUACGAAGGAGCAGCGAGCUCCUGACGACUCUGUGUCCUCGGAUGCGAACCGAGCAGGUAGCAUUAACAGCCCAGUAUUAAAGCGACUUCAGUCUCGUCGUCCUGAUCGUGGCCCCAUUGACAACUCAAGCGACCACAUUCGAACUUCUACAGAGCACGAACUGAUCGUCAACCCGGACGAACUGAUCGAGAGCGACGAAAGCGAAGGAGAACCUGCAACAAACAAUCAGAAUACGGUUAUAACGCAGCAAUCCUAAAUAAUUAGGAUGCAAAAUAACUAGAUUUAACCAGAAAAUCAGGACUACACGUCUCUAAAUCUGCA